UGCGGACCGUUUUUAAAGUGCUUAUUUAAUUUUAAUUCUAAAACUAGACCCUCAGAAUUGUUUUCUUACUUUUUUAACUUUAAAGCUACUUAUACACGAAUAUCAAAAGCUUAUUCAAAUCGCUGUUUUGAAAUUGCAAGUCACCGUCUCCACUUUAGGAAACUAAAUGUCUUGUAAGUUUCCUCUACUUAAACCGUUUUGCAGAUAAUCCAAACAGAUGUAAACUUGCAUCAGAGCUGUCUCGCUUUUUUUCUCAGAGAACAGAAAGUGAAUCUUCUAAGAAACUAAACUAAGCAAAAACACCGAAGUUCGGCUUUCGUUGGGCAAAUGACCGCGUAUUGCAUAAAUUCAUAUUUCAUAUGUUUGUCCUCUUAUUAAUAAUAAAAAUUAGCCAGUCAGCAAGCUAGAUAUAAUUCAGUUAUUGUAAACAGCAAAUUCAGUUGUAUUCUUUUUAUCUGCAAUUUGGUGACUGGAUGCUCUAAAAGUAAGAGAGACAACUGAUAGAAAGAGAAACUCUUCGAUCAGCUAGGACCAGCUGUCAAUGCAAGGGUUAGGGUGGGUUAUUUUAUAGUCCUUUUGGGAGCAACUGUGACCGAUUGCAGAGACUUCGACAUCGAGCGGCUCAUUCCAGCGACUGAAACACUGGCAGUUUAGAAAGUCGACGCCAAACUCUAAAAGCUGAGACGUUCCAAAAAUCAGCCUUACUUGUUGGACUUUGACGUAGAUUGCCAGGUGGGUUGCACAGUCUUAACCCGCAUGAAAUACCCUUUUUAUUUCCACAGAGUCAUUUGACUAUCAAAUUCAAGGGCAAAAUUCGCUCGAGCACGAAGAGGUCUUACCUGGGGCUGAACAGUACACUUUGUGUUUUUGGAUGCGAUUGGUAAAUGACUGGGUUGAAGAUAAAAAUCUUGUGGUGACAAGUGCUAGACUUAUAAAUCUUCGAAUGUUUGCAGUCAGCGGGUUCUAUUUCUGGAAUGAAUAUACGUGGGUUGGAGAGAUGAAUUCUCUAAGAUUUAUGUGGAACACAUCACCAUCAAAAGCUUUUAUAUUGUAAGAUCAAUUUUGUCUUUCGUACAUAAAACAUUCACGCGUGUGCUUGUCAGAUGCUUCGCUGGUUAACAAUAGCUUCAUUUCCAUAUUACACAGCAGCUGUCGAGACAGUGAUUAUGAGCACUACACAGUAUUCAGAUUUACUAUAAGGAGGAUAAAACUCAAGUGGUGCUUGGCAGGUGUAAAAAUGGGGACCCGUGCUUGUUUGCAUGUGACGUUAUCAAUUUUCAAAAAAAAGCCCUCCUGAGUUUUAAAAGUGUUAUCGGAUAGUUUAGAUUUAAAAGACGGGCGAGAAAGCUAACAUGUAGGUGAAAAAAUUCAUCUUAACCCUCGGACGGACGUACAUGCAAAUUCAUACCCCCACCGUGGUACGGAGGGGGGGCGGGCGGAUAGACCCUCCAAGAGUGUUUGAUAUGUUGCAGUAUUUCGAAAAGAUUUUACCUUCAGCGAAAAGCCUUUGAUCUUCUCCACAAGAUGAGGUAUAUUUUAUGGGUGGUAAUGGCCUGUGACGUCACCAACAAUGGUCGCCAUCUUGGAUUUUACCAAGAAUUAGAAAUCAGGCAAAAACCGGGAGAAAUGGUGACUUUUUUGUACUUGAGAUGAACAAUAACACAUAAAUAAGCACUUUGCGUGAUUUUAGCCACAAGAUGUACUUUUAUUGUCGAAAAAAGUUGAAAAAGCUGUACUUUCACUCAAAAAUGGCUUGAACGCCUCCUACUUAUCACGUCAUAUCUCUUAACCAUGGAAAUUGACCAUCACUGAACUUGACUCAAAAUGCGCGAGAGGGAUGAACGAAAAACUACGCAAAACAUCAUGUACUGAUGUCUUAUCCUCUAGGAGAAAACUCAGAAAAACUUUAGGUAUCCACCCCCCCUUGUUCGUCUGAGGGUUAACAGUCCUUAUAUUAUAAAAAAUUAUUAUCUCUCGAAAUAUGUCAAUGAUGAAAAUUGGCUGUCCCUGAAGAGUGGUUAAAUUGUUAGUCUUCUUUCAACUCUAUGAUUCGAUUUUUGCUGGGAGGGCAAAGGUACUGGUAAUACGUUUGUGUUCUCGACCAUAUUGGAAUGAACGGUACCCCAGCUGCAAGGUUAUGGGGGGCACUCGGUCAGUAUUUACGCGCGCUUUUCGGGCAAACAGAGAACUUCACUGAAUAUUUCUCGGGAAAAAGGCCAUCAUUAUUACAUCCAAACUCGGCACAACGAUCUUUUUUUGCCAUUACAAUUUUUUUCUAGGAAAACUUAAAGAAAAAUUGGCCCGGAAAGCGCGCGUAAAUACUGAGUGAGUAUAUCGGAUCGUGCUCAUGCCCCCUUGACAUCCCAUAAUACUCCUUAAAUCUAAUGAAUUCAAUAUGGCCGCCGUAUCGGUAAAAAGGUUUAUUUGUCAGCAUUGUUUAAAAUGUAAGCAUUGUAAAUUUAAUACAUAUCCUCCCUUGAUAUGGAUAAUGUUCACAAGUUCUUUGGUGGAGACUCCAUUUAGACAACUGUUGUUUCUGGUGCCUUUAAACUCUAAAUAUAAGCGCAAUCAAGGCUCCAUGAGGAACAAAGAGCUUGCAUUGAUCUAGUUUUUUUUUGUACUCUGACUUAAAUUUUUCAAUUUAUUUAGCAUAUACUUGCAGAAGGAGUCUCUUGGGGACAAGAGCUGGCAUCAGGUGUGCCAUGCCUGGUCUAGCAGAACAUCUGCUUGGGCAAUUUACAUGGAUGGAAACGAGGAAAAGACAGGACUCUACGAUUUUAAGGAUACAACUCAGCUUAAAAUAUCCUUCCCGAAUUGGGAAACAUUUCUAGGCUCCAACCAAAUUUUACUUUCGCAAGUGAAUAUUUGGAAUCGGGUUUUAACCAGCCAAGAAAUCAAAAGAUUGUCUGGAAAAUGCGACGCAGGUGUGGACGGUUUGGGCAAUGUGGUCUCGUGGGCAGACCUUUAUGACGUGAGUAAGACUGCAGUGUUCUCUAAGCCAUCCACAUGCGAGGCGCAUUCAGGACAGACCCAAGACAAAGCAACGACAACUGCUACCCAGGGACAUAAGCAGGAUUUUCCCAUAGGUACGCGCAAUUUUCCAAAGGCGUUUUCUAAGAAAGAGUCUGUUAGUUUAAAUUUAUUAUAAAAGUGUGAUAAUCUGGUGAAAAUUGUAACAUGUGGCAGUAGCAUAUUGAAACCAAAAAGUCACACAAUGAAUUGAAUAUUAUUUCAAACAUCGCCUUUAGACUGCCCGUGAUUUGCACUGUUCCCUCUUCACAACAAAAGAGGUACUUUUUUGGGAAAAGUAGUCAUGCAGAAGAGUUACAUGCAAUUAUCCUGGUCGCAAAUCUCUUGAGUGGAGAUUAGCAGACCUUUUUAGCUGGCAUGAACGAUUUGUUUCCCAUUUCAGACCAAGUCAAGUUACCCCGAUAGAACCGGGGUAAUUUUCAAUUUUCGUCCUCUCCACUUGCAUGCAUAUGUAUGCACAAUUUAUGAAAAGACCAAAGGUAAAUUCCCUUGAGAACAUCACGUGGUCUGGAUUGGGAAAAUAAAACGUACAAGCUAAAAGUGUCUUUUUACAUUCAUUUUUCCAGCAAAUUUUACAAUAAGGCUAGUGGACAUGCAUGAUUUGGUUUAUGGCAUCCCUUCCACAUAUAACGCCACUAGCUAGUGCUGACCUUCUCUCGAUAACAAUGAAUCGUGCUCGCUCCAAAUUAAUAAAGGAUGGGGAUGCCUGUCGUCUUGCUUUGGGGUGUGAAUUGCAUAUUGUGGGCUCACGUUGUGUCUUAAGGACAGAAAAAAAAAACAAUAUUAAUUAUUACCCAUACAGGUGUAGCCUAGGCUGAAACUGUAUACGGAGACGUUCGUUUGAGACUAUAAGGCCACGUCCACAGGUGUCCCGAAAUUUUUGAAUCCGCAGAUUUGUCUUUGAGGAUUCAAACGUUUUCACGUCCACACGUAGCGUAUUGAAAUCUAAUUUGUCCGGAUUCACUCUCAUGCGAUAUGUGGUGUGGAUAUAAAAACUAAUGCCCAAAUGAACAAAUUUUUUAGAAAAAUGCUUUAACAUAUCGUUCAAUAUUCAUUGGAUGAAAUGGUCAAAAUUUGAAUACUUAUAAAAUUUGUGAAUGUUAAAAAACUGGUUAUAAGAUUGGGCCACUAAUACUGACAAACUAACAAGUAAUUGCAGCUGUAAAUUAGCUUUCUGUUUGGUAUUCACAGAACCAGACGAUUUCAACAUCGACUCCAAAAGUGUUCAUACAGAGGAUGAACCAGGUUCAGGUGCCCUCAGGAAAUACAAGGGAGAUUCAAAAGCC